ACCAACACAGCAUCCACUGAAGGCAGAUCUUGCAUUGACCAGACUGUGGAUAGAUAUUGAACAGACCAGACUUGUAGAUUUCUAAACCUAGGACAGCUCCUAAACUUCCACGAUGAAGCUGGAUAUAGAUGUGAUCAACCGUGACCCGAACAGCAUCAACGAUCAUGUUAAGGUUGCUUUUGAAGACGUGCUGGCAGAGCCUGAUGGUGGACACUCAUUCAGCUGUGUCUGGAAAGGCGCCUACUGCUGCUUCUGCACCUGCAAGAGAUUCUACUACAACCUGUUCGCCAUCAUUGGUGGCCUUCCCAUGGCCAUGGUCUGGGGCAUCAUAUACGCGUUUGUCAACUUCUACCAAGUCUGGCUCAUCACCCCAUGCAUGAGGAUCUACAUCAUCAACUGCGGCUGCUGCCAGAAGUUCUACAGUGCCUGCAUACAAUGCUACAUGCAGCCAGUCUACGAAGCCAUGAGCUAUUGCUUCAGCAAUAUCCGGGUCACUACCCUUACAGGAUAAUCAAAACCUUGACCAUACUGAACACAAGAUGCAGGGAUUCAAACAAAGUGUCUGUUUAUCUUAUAAUUUGCUUAAAACAGUACAACGUAAUAUCAAGUGUAUAUAAAUAUAUAAAAUAACUAAAUUCCUUCAACACACAGACACAAUUUUAAACAGGCUGAAUCGAUUUAGAAAGUUUUUUCCACCAAUAGAAAUAUUUUUCAAUUGCAUAUUAAAAGCAGUUACACUGGUAUAUAUUCUCUUCGCUUUUGAACAUUUACAUUUGAAAUCUUCCAAGUAAAUUUGUGAUUACCAACGACACCCCACCACGAAGGCCUUAUGUUAAUGUUUGUAUUAACUUUUGUAUUUUUGUAUUAGACUUUAAAAAGUCUACUCAACAAAAUAAGUAGAUAAUUCUGGCUGUGAUAUUAAAAUAAUAUUUUAUUGUGUAA